AUGACGGAGCGGUGGGUGUCUCAGAAGAAGCAUUACUGCCAAAUCUGCAACACGUGGCUCAGUGGCCAUGUCAUGAACGUGAAGAAGCAUGAGCAGUCCACGCGUCACCUGGAGAAUGCACGCCAACAGCUGUCCGUAGCUCACCAACGCCACAGGGAAAAGGAGCAACAGGAGCGACUGCUGCAGAAGGAACUGCAGCAGAUGGAAGCUGCCGCUGCUGCGGCGAUGCAUGACGAUGAGACGCGUAUAUUUGCAUCCCGGGGGUGGCCAUACCCAGCUGCAGCCCCCAUGCCUCCAGGGGGGCCCUCUGCGUAUGACGUGUUGCGCAUGCAAAAGGAGGAAAAGGCUAGAAUCCAGCAGUUUCACCAAGAACGGAGGGGGGGAGGCUGUAAGACUGUAGCAAGCAUAGGGGCGCUUGGGGUCCGUCAAGACGCCGUGCAGUUUCCGUGUGUGCGGCAGCCAGCGUGCUCUGAACCCUAGUCGGAGUCUGUUCCUGCCGCUAGCAGCACCAGCAGCAGUGACAGCAGCAGCACCAUGUGGGAGUUCGUGGCGGAUCAGGGGCUCCCCUUCUUUCGCCACAAGACAACUGGAGAGGUCUCCUGGACGCCUCCCCCGGGGGUCGGCUAUGCUGCAGCAACAGCAGCAGCCUCUGCUGCUGCUGCUGCUGUACCUGCUGUUGCCGCUGCAGGGAGUGCAGCCACCCCUGCCACGUCACGGCCGGUGCUGCGUGUUUUGUCUGUAAAGAAGCCUGUGAAGAAAGAGCAACAGGACCCCCUCGAAGCCACGGUGCAUGCGAGGCCCCUUGAAGCCACGACGCAUGCGAAGCCCCUUGAAGCCACGGUGCAUGCGAGGCCCCUUGAAGCCACGGUGCAUGCGAGGCCCCUCGAAGCCACGACGCAUGCGAAGCCCCUCGAAGCCACGACGCAUGCGAAGCCCCUCGAAGCCACGACGCAUGCGAAGCCCCUCGAAGCCACGACGCAUGCUUUUGUGCCUCCACCCUCGUCUGCAACACCAUCACCUGCUCCUCGAGUGCCCGUGAAGACAACAGCGGCGCCUCAAGAUGCUCCUCCGCGUGCCACGCCAGCGGCUGUUUCUGCCGAAAGGGCCUCACCCCUACCCGCUGCCGCCUCUCGCAGUAGCACCCAUGCUACUAGCCAGCCGGAUUUUAUCCCCUGCAACACAAGCAGCAGCAUCCCCACAGGCUAUGUCUUCAAACGCGGGCCCAGAAGCCUCAGCCUCUACAAGGACGAGCCUCCGCAACAGCCCCAAGAACAGAUGCGGAGGAGGCCUUAUGGAGGCUGCGGUGAACAGCUGCAUGGAGAAGAUCUGCAACAGCAGCUGCAGCGUGCACUCCCUCUGAAGCGUCCUCGUGAGGAGGCUGAGCAGCCUUCACCAGCAACGGAUGCAGCUGCUGCCAUUGCCGCGGCUGCAGCCGAGGCAGCGGCUGCAGCCGCAAGUCUGUGGAGCAGCGGGGAGGCCGCAAGAGGAGCUGUCGGAAGAGGGGAGAGUGCGCAAAGCACCGCUGAAGAGCAUGCGAACGCAGAAACUGCGGGAGAAGCGACUGCCGGAGUCUCUGCCGGGGAUUCCCAGGAGGCCUCCCCCCAGCAAGGGCCAGUAGUGGAGGAGAGCCUCGACGCAGCAGCAGGAACGCAUCGUGCCUCGGAAAGCGAAGAAGCAAGCGCUGACACGGCUUCGGAGGAAGGUGAAGACACCUCGGAAGCCGCUGUGCCACGCCGCGUCGUGCCUGCCACGGAAGGCCCCAUGAUAGGCCCCUGGGUAGAGGCGAAGGAAGACGGCUGGGAAGCAAUUGCACGCAGGCAACAGCAACAGCAGCGACAGCAGGAGCUGCUGCUCCGGCAGCAAGAGGCCACGGAGGAAGAUACGGAGGAGCAACAACAGCUGGAUGCAGGCAUUGCGCAACUCCGACGGCUUCGCGCCCAAGUGAAGCACAGAGGCAUACAUCACGACUUCGCGUGGCGCAAAGAUGAAGAAGCAAAAUAUCCAGAAUGUAGCAGCACCGGUGACAGCGAAGAGGGCAUCUUGCUUUGGGGCGUUCAGAUUCGGAGCCGUCAGCGGCCUGCAGCGUCUCGGCGUCAAACGCAAGAAGUGCAAGAUGCCUAA